ACUAAACAACAACAACAACAUAGUCUUAAGAUGCAAUGAGAGUCGUAUUCAUGAACAGGAUCCAUGCCCUUUUUUUGUUUUUCCUUAAAAAAAAGAAAUAGAAUGAACGUAUUUGUUGACCUAAUUAAAAAAAGGUCCUAUUGAUAAACCGAAUAGUAUAGAUAGAUUCAACCUACAUUGUUGAUUUGCCUGUUUAAAAAAAAUACAGUGGUACCUUGGUUCUCAAACUUGAUCCGUUCCGAGAGUCUGUUUGACUCCCAAAACCAUUCGAAAACCAAGGCACGGCUUCUGAUUGGCUUCAAAAGGUGUGGCUUCUGAUUGGUUGGACGCUCGGCUUCAAAAAUAAUUUGCAAACCAGAACAGUGACUUCCAGGUUUGCGGUGUUCAGGAACCAAAACGUUCGAGAACUAAGCUGUAUGAAAAUCAAGGUACGACCAAGAAGCUCACUUUCAACUCAUUUUUUACAUCGCUGAAGCGGUUCUGUUUUGCUCUAUUGUACUAAAUUUGGACUUGUACACACUCGCUACCGACAGAUAUCCCAUGGGAAAGAAAGCACUUCCACGUAAGAUAUGGAAGCAGUGCUAAGUUUCUGUACUUCUGUACACUUGCUCAAUCUGUGUAUUGAUUGCAGCGGAUAGAUUAUUUAAACCUCUCCAGCUCUCUCUGUGCCUGAGCACAAUACUACAUUUCUUGCAAAAAGCACAUGAGGGUUUCUGUUCUGCUGCUUUGCCCCUGUGUUUCAGAGAAAGCAUUUUCUUCCUGAACACAGGAAAGCCAAGGUGUAGGGAGAGGGCUGGGAGUAGCAUUGCAAGCCGCAGAAACAAUGAAAUCCUUGGCAGGUUGCACUAGGGCCUUUCACAGCAAGCCAUGUCUCCUUGGAAACAAGGUGAUAAACUCUAGGCAGGGUAGCAAUAUGUAAACAAGUAAUCUGAGAUGGACGGACACUCAUGUCUUCCAGUCACCCUUCCCUGCUCUCCAUGGUUCUGCAUUAAUUACCACAAUCUGUCCAAUCAGAAAGGGGAGGUGUAGGCUAGGGGCGGGAAGAGAUGCUAGGAAGAGACAGGCCCACUUUCCCCAAACUGUACAAGGGAGCGUCUGUAGUUUCAGGUUAGGAGCAACAGGUAACAAAUUAAAGAUGCCCGGCACAGCAAGACACGACCGGGAGAUGGCAAUCCGGGCCAAAAGAGACCUUGCCACAACUACAGAUCCAAUCGAGAGACUUCGCCUUCAGUGCCUAGCAAGGGGCUCUGCUGGCAUCAAAGGCCUCGCCAGGGUCUUUCGAAUCAUGGAUGAUGACAACAGCAGAAGUAUUGAUUUCAAAGAGUUCUUGAAAGGCCUCAAUGAUUAUGCUGUGAUGAUUGAAAAAGAUGAAGCUGAAAGGAUCUUCAAGAUCUUUGAUAAAGAUGGGAGUGGAACAAUAGACUUCGAUGAAUUUCUCUUAACAUUAAGGCCCCCCAUGUCUAACGCAAGAAAAGAAGUCAUCAUGCAAGCCUUUCGAAAGCUAGACAGGACCGGGGAUGGGAUUGUCACCAUUGAAGAUUUACGCGGAGUCUACAAUGUGAAACACCACCCCAAGUACCAGAACGGGGAAUGGUCCGAAGAGCAAGUUUUCAGGCUGUUUCUGGAUAACUUCGAUUCGCCUUAUGAUAAAGACGGGCAGGUUACACCAGAAGAAUUUAUGAACUAUUAUGCAGGUGUCAGCGCUUCAAUAGACACAGAUGUCUACUUCAUUGUGAUGAUGAAAAACGCUUGGAAAAUCUGAUUUUGCUAUUAUAAUGCGAAGUGCUGCUGCCAUACCUGCCAAGUUGCUGUCAGAGAAAUAAGGGACUGGGCCAGAAAUAGCAGACCGGAAGUAGCGCUGCCGCCAUUUUGGAACUGGG